CAGAUUGUCACUUGCCAUGGCGAUCGCCGGCACAUUGAACUUUGGACCCGGAGACGGAUUACCUCACAGCCGCCAACGGAGAGAAGUUCAUGCUGGACCCCCCCUACGGAGACGAGCUUCCCUGCCAAGGACUUCGACCCGGGCCAGGACACCUACCAGCACCCCCCCCCCCGACGGCAGCAGCCUGAAGGUGGACGUCCAGCCCGAAGAGCAACCGGCUGCAGCUGCUCACAGACCCUUCGACAAGUGGAGCGGAGGAGGACCUCGAGGACAUGAGGAUCCUCAUCAAGGUGAAAGGGAAAUGCACGACAGAUCACAUCAGCGCUGCCGGCCCGUGGCUGAAGUUUCGCGGUCACCUUGACAACAUCUCCAACAACAUGCUGAUCGGAGCCGUCAACAUCGAGAACGAAGCCAUCAACACGCUGAAGAACUACCUGACGGGGGAAUACGAUGGAGUCCCUGACGUGGCCCGCCACUACAAGGCUAACGGUGUGUCCUGGGUUGUGGUCGGAGACGAUAACUACGGCGAGGGCAGCAGCAGAGAGCACGCUGCGCUGGAGCCCCGACACCUGGGAGGAAGAGCCAUCAUCGUCAAGAGCUUCGCCAGAAUUCACGAAACCAACUUGAAGAAGCAGGGUGUUCUGCCUCUGACCUUCAACGACCCUUCGGACUACGACAAGAUCUGCCCCGAUGACAAGAUCUCCAUCCAAGGACUGAAAACCUUCGCUCCAGGAAAGCCUGUCACGGCGGUGUUGAAGCACAGCGACGGCAGCGAGGAAUCGAUCGUUCUGCUGCACAGCUACAACGAGACGCAGAUCGAAUGGUUCCAGGCAGGAUCCGCCCUGAACAGGAUGAAGGAGCUGAUGUGAGGAGCCCAGAGCAAACACGUGGAGGAGUGAGGAGGAUUUUCAGGGGAGAAGGGGGGGGGAACAGGGGGGGGAAGGAUGAAGGAUGAAGAAUUUAGUUAAUGAUUGCUCCGUCAGCUGCAUCAGAAAUGUGUCGCUUUACCUCAGAGUUACGUGUUGAUAAGUUCAGACGAUGUUGAUGAGGGAACAAAAGCAACUGCUCUGCGGUCAGUACUGUACGCUGCUAAGUCAAACGGUGAAAACCAACUCAAAAUCAGUCUGUUGGACCCACACACACACACACACACACACACACACACACUUUGACACAUUAAGCUGAUAACGUUACUAGAGCUAAGCCAGAUGAUCACACACUUGUUGGAGGAUUUUGUUGCACACACUGCAUGAAAAUGUGUCAUUAAACCAACCCUGGUGUAGCAGACCCAGCUGAUUUGUAGUUAUUGCUGAAAGGCAUUCUGGGAAACGUAGGCAUGGGGCAGCUUGAGAGAAAGUUGAUUGCAUUGGGAGCAUCUUUUUUUAGCAAAUGAUGUCUUUUAAUCACAGUACACAUUGUCAAAAGGUUACAGAGAACAAUUGCAGACUUUACUUCAUAUACAGAAAGACUUGUACGCUUUAAUACUGUGUGUAAGAACAAAGUGAAACUCCUAUUCUUCUUCCCUGAUUCCAUCACUGCCACCUUCUUUAAACUGCCCUCCCGAUCAAUCCUAAACCUCUCAACAAGGUCAAAAGCAUCUUAAGGUUUCCCCACACCUUGUUAGUUUGUUUGUUUAUUUAUUUAUAUAUUUGAUCUUGCAAAUGGUUCACAUGCUGCAUGCUUUUUCCAUAAAACUCUUUUUAAAUAACACACGGGUUAAACAUGGACCUGUGUGGUCUCCAGUGCCCUUUUCUGCAGGGUAACGUGUCACUGUUUGUGUUCCUUUUUACCUCAAAAAACAAAACUGAAUUGAAAAACAAAACAUCGGUACAAUCAGUUUUGUAAUGGUGCUUGGAGAAAUUCAUAACUGAUGUCAGACUGUAAAUUAUCCCUUGCUUUAAAUAAGUACAAAGAUAAUAACUCCAGAUUACUAUGACAGCUGUUUCUGGUGUUUUUAAGUGGAUGUUAUGAACCCAAACCGGAGUACAGAUGAGAAACAAGAUGUGUUUUAAUUCCCCUUUACGGUCCCAUCAUACUGAAAACAUCCAGAGGUCAAUCAGCUGAAGGCUAAAACCAUUCUCUCAAGGACUGUAUGUGAAAUGUCUGAUUUCUUGUACAUUAAUGUGUUGUUAUUUUUCUCCCAGAUUAUCUUUUCUGUAUUACAGAAAUGCCAACGGGUUGUAAAAUAAAAAAAAUCACAGAUCUCAUUUAUUUA